AUGGGAUCUAGUCGAGAAACCUUAACGGUUGGCGCGCUUUGCGUGACGUGGUACGCAUUAAGCUCGGCCAGCAAUGUGGUGGGAAAGCUUGUAUUAACAGAAUUUCCAUUUCCUAUGACGGUUACGAUGGUGCAGUUAUUGUCUACAGUAUUAUAUAGCAUGCCAGCUUUCGCUGCGUGCAACGUGCGAAGAGCUCCUAAAUUUCCCUGGAAAUAUUAUUUUAAAGUACUUAUACCAUUAGCUAUUGCCAAAUUCUUCACAACUAUGUUUUCACAAAUUUCCAUAUGGAAGGUGCCCAUCUCGUAUGCACAUACAGUGAAGGCAACAACGCCACUAUGGACGGCGGCGCUAGCGCGCGUGCUGUUCGGCGAGCGGCAGUCGGCGCGCGUGCAGGCCGCGCUCCUGCUGAUCGCAGGCGGCGUGGCGCUCGCGUCCGCCACCGAGCUGCAGUUCGACGCGCUGGGGCUAGGCGCAGCGCUGGCGGCCGCCGCGCUGCUCAGCCUGCAGCAUCUGUACUCCAAACGCGUGAUGCGCGACAGCGGCGUGCACCCGCUGCGCCUGCUGCAGAUGCUGAGCGCGCUGGCGCUGGUGCCGCUCGCACCCGCCUGGCUGUGGGCCGAGGGCGGCGCGCUGGACGACGCGGCGCCGGGCGAGCACGCGGCGGCGCUGCUGGCGGCGGACGGCGCGCUGGCGUGGCUGCAGGCGCUGGCCGCCUUCAGCGUGCUGUCGCGCGUGUCGCCGCUGGCGUACGCGGUGGCGUCGGCGGCCAAGCGCGGCGUGGUGGUGGGCGCGUCGCUGCUGCUGCUGCGCAACCCCACGCCGCCGGCCAACUUGGCCGGCAUGUCGCUGGCGCUGCUGGGCGCGCUGGCCUACAACCGCGCCAAGGUGCUCGCGCCGCCGCGCCCGCCCGACGACCGCCGCCCGCUGCUGCCCGUC